CAAAGACGUUGUCACGAAGCCUUACAAAGAGAGACAUCGCAUAGUAUAACAUUUGUUUCCAAGUCCAAAUCAAACCAACACGAUGCAGAGGUUACAGAUUAGUUCUCGGCCAUCCGAAGAGUUUCUGAUUAACCUCUCGCCGGAUUCUUCAAGUGCCGACGACCUCGUGGUCUAUGAUGUCGCCAAGAAGGAGCUGGUGCUUCACAACAAUAGCUACAAGUCUGUUAAUAGAGAGAGAGCUGUUCACAUAAUCCCUCUGGUUCUCUUUCUAUGUGCUUUUGUUCUUUGGGCUUUUUCAACUGCUACUCAUAGUUUCAAAAAUAGCAUGCAAACGUAAAGGAAUGAUCUUCGUUAAUUGUGAUCACUUGACUAACGUUACAAUGUAAUAUUUGAUCACAAACGUAAAGGAUUGUUUAUUUGAUUUUGUUACAA